AUGCAAUUUUACAGCAUCGAGCUGAAAUGUAAUAGAACGGUUCGCGUGAGUGUUACACUUUGGCUAUGCUUUCAGUAGUCAGGAAGUUGUAAUAGACAGCAAUAGAAACAUCAAGCAACCCUUUUGUUCCGACGCAUUUGGUUGAGACCGAAGGGUGUAACGCGUCCUUAACAGCACCGCUGGCCCUCGCUCACAAUUACAUCCAACAUCAAAAUUGCUGCUAGGUUUCGUCGUUGCUUUAAAUGAACCAAAGUGUCUCUUUUUUCCGAGUGUCCUGAUUAAAGAACGUAAAUGUAAUAUGCUGGUUCGUGCAUAGUCACUUGGUUCCCGGAGGUCCCCCCCCUUCGCAACGCGCAGCAUCCCUUAACAAUGCUGUGUGAUUGGCGCUCAUCAACACAAGAAGCUACAACUGAAAGCCCUGUGUUUAAUCAUCAUGAGCAUACAAAUUAAGUGUGGAUGGAGUGUGUAAAUGGCGUGGAGCUCCAUGAGCUCAGCCGCUCGGGACAUGGUAUUGAAAACACUUCUUUCUGUGAUGAAGAACAUGAAGCCCGUGUAUGCGUUGUUAAAUCCAAGACAGGUCAACAUUUUUCCACUCAUAGUGGAGGUGGAAAUAGUCAUCAAAUUCCUCAAGGAGAUGUUCACUCAGACGAAGAACAAGAAGCAGUGUAUGAAGAACGAUCUGUGGAUUAUAGCUUCAUGUUGGCAUUGGUAUUCCUCGUGAGUGGAAUAGCUUUAGUCAUCAUUGCGUAUGCCAUACCAAGGGAGGCUCGAAUCAAUCCAGACCAGGUUACAGCACGGCAGAUGGAAAAGUUGGAAAUGUACUACGCACAGCUCGGCACUCACCUUGAUAAGUGCAUCAUUGCUGGACUUGGCUUACUUACUCUAGGUGGGAUGCUCCUGUCCAUUCUCUUAAUGGUUUCUCUAUGCAAAGGUGAGCUUUAUCACCACAGAAGUUUUGCCAUCUUAAGGAGACCUAUGAAAUCAUAUGGCUCUAUAAACAUGAGGAUGGGACAAUUAGCAUCUGGAAAUGGAAGAGAACCUAUCAUGGAUUGUGAUUCUACCACAGGUGCUUGUAACGAGAGUGCUGAAGGAAUUCAACAUUUAAGGCAAACUCAGUAGCACAAGUUUACAGUGCCUGCCACUCAAAUAGCCGAAUCCCAUAUGGCUUCUUACUUCCUAUAGACCGUAAGUCUAUUAUAAACAUGUGUACAUUAAGUGACAGUUUAUGAUAUAAACGGUACCAAAUACUGGCUUCUGCAGUCUAUAUAUUGAUGAGUCUUGCCCAAUUUAAAAGGGUUUAAUCCACUCUUGAAUCUUAAAUUAAUAUUGGAUGGCUAAGAUUACUCUGGGAAAAAAAAACAAGAACACUGAAUACAUGAACGGUGCAGGAGUGCCAUGGCCUUAGAGAGAUUAGGUUUUUCAUUCUUCCACCAUACAAAAAUCAGCUUAUAGAAGUUAUAAAGCAUUGGUAACUGGUAUUGGUAUUUGAAAUAGGUUUGUUUAAUUACAUAGAAGGCAAAAUCCUGCAUUGGUGUGGUCCUGAAAGAAAACAGUCUGAUACACUUCACUUACAAUGUUGCCUUAAACCAUUAUAUUCUCUGUAUAAGGCUUGUGAAUUAGGAUAGGACUGCUAAUUAUACAUUGUGGGUUUUAAUUUGUUCUAGUGAAGGCUUUAACAUAUACAGUAGUGCAUAUGAAUGUAAUCAGUUGGAGCUUGUGCAUUAUACAUGGUCUUAUAUGAAUACUAAAAUUUUAUAUGUAAAAGAAAUACAUAACUCACAUGUAAACAUAGUAAAGUUCACAAAGCAGUUAUCAAAAAAGUAAAAACAUCCAACAACACUACACAAAUAUACUAUACAUAAAGAAUCAAUUCUGAUAAAAAUACAGCCAUAACCUGCUUUUAAAUAGCAAUGAAGUAACUACUAGCCAUUAUGGAGGGUUAAAUAAAAGAUAAAUAAGCGGUUAUGUUUGGCAGUAAGAACCGAAUAUAACUAAAAUUGAGUACUGAUGUUAAAUAAAUAGAACCAGCUUUGAGAUGGUGUAUUUAAUUUAGCACACAAAUAUAGAGGUAUUUUGAUUAUGGAUAGAAUGUCUCAUUAAUUGCAAUAAUUAAUUUUUUCAAUUUUCAUUUUAUUUUUAAAAAGAACAACACGUCAUGCUCAGCAAAAACAGAAUGGAAUAAAAGAAGUUUUUCUAAGAGAAGUUACAAAUACCAAGCAUUUUAAGAAUGAUGCACAGAAGUAAUUUGAUCAAUUUUAAAGAAUGAUUACAUAUACAAUGGUGCUAUAGUUUAGAAGAAAGUAACACAAAAAGGCACAAAAAAGGAAUACAAUCAAGAGGGGUAGAAAUUAGAAUAUAUAAUGUAUAUAUAUAUAUAUAGAUAGAUAGAUAGAUAGAUAGAUAGAUAGAUAGAUAGAUAGAUAGAUAGAUAGAUAUAGAUAUAUAGAUAUAGAUAUAUCUUUGUGGCAGCAAUUCUAAUUUUAGUUCAUAGUCAUGCUGCAGGUACAAGAAGCACAGGAUUGUCCAAGGACAUCUCUGAUCUCAAGCUGAAAUGAGGAGCACCUCUUCUACAAGUGCAUGAAUGUAUAAAUUGUCAAAUCAAAAAUCAGUCCUGCAAAACAGAAAAAUCACACUUGAAAUAGCACAGCAAAACCUUUUAAAUGUUUUGAGAAACAAACCCUUUAGUAGACUGUACACUAAAGGAUGCUCAGAGAGAAAACAUCAGCUAUAAAUGGUCUAUAUUAGGACACAUUCAUUACAUAAAAUGUCUUACAUGGUUUAUUUCUUUGAGUAAUAUUUUAAACUAAAAAUAAUGUGUCUCUACUUCAGCUCACUUUUUCUAGCGAAUGAUUUAAUCUGAUUACAAGCUCCUUGUCUUUUACAGCCACAGAAAAGACUUCAGUUUUUAUUGUUAUUUGAGCUAGGAAUUUGAUAUGUUGCCAAUGUAUUGAUGUGCUGUGAUUAUGAAUCAUGAAUAAAUAUACUUAUUACAGAAAGAAAUACCUACUAAAAAUAUAAGAAAAUGGUAUAUUUAGAUUAUUUUGGUUAAUUGUGAGAAAAUCUAACCGAGAAACAUUUAACAAAUCUGCCUAAAAAUGUUUUAACCAUUCCCUUUUCCAAAUAGUUGCAUUUGUUCGAUGUAAUACGUUUCGAAAUGUAAAGCAUUAAGCAGAUACAAUGAAAAUUAAAUCCAGUUAUCAGAGACCUCAAAUAUAUUAAUGCUAAAUGUCUAUAGUAUUUGUACUUAAAAUGAAAACAGUAAUAUGACAAUGGUAAUAUGGAGACAAGUGUGUAUGUUUGAAAAGGGAUUCCUUCUACAGUGUUUAUAUAAGAUUAAAAUAUUACACAUUUCACAUUUUCUGUAUGCCACAGUGAUUCUGUGUCAUUUGUCAAUUAUAACAUUCGGCAAUUAAAAAUGUGAAUGUACAGAUGAUUCAUAUACAUUUUUAUACACAGUAGAAUACCAUUUAUACAACUAGUUAAUCAGAGUAUAAUAUAAUGAUUGUUUUUGUUUACACUUCAAAGAAACAAAAAUCACAAGAUGACAAUUUAACACGUUGUUUGUGUAUUUUAGAUAUUACACUGAUUAAUAUAAAUCAACAUAUGUGUACUAAUUACAUUCCUUUUUUGUUUCUAAUAAGUGUGAAAAAACUAUAUAUCUGUCAGUGUAUGUCAAUGAAUAGAUAUGCAUCUGAAUGUUCCUAUUAAAGAGAAAUGUAUCUGCA